AUGAAACCACGCAAAUCGACGGCACCGACAAAUGCUGGGGAGGCCGGGACGUCGUCGGUGCCGACGAAUGCUGGGGAGGCCGGACCGUCGUCGAUGCCGGACGGAGCGGGCGAUCAGAAUGAGGAAAGUGACGACGCCUCAUCGUGCAGCGAUGAUGACGACGAAGACAACCCACGUCCUCGACGUGGCGCAGGUCCGCACACGUUGGAAGAGAAUCUCAGUGGGGAACGUGCGUUCAUAGAGGACUUGUUGGACGAGGAAGAGCUUGAGGACCUGUCAAACAUGGCGGUGCCACGAAAACAGUGGAAGGCAGCCGACUUCGUCGAGGAAGAUAUGGUCUACCGUGCGUCAACGCGGGAGUACAAGAUCAAUGCCGAGACGAACGCGCCGGUGAAAUCGAACACGGUGCACAUGAUCCGCGGCCGCAUCAAGGCCUUCCAGAUGGCGGAGAGGGUGGAGGCGACUCUCUACAAGGAGAAGGAGUUGGGCAUCAUGCGGGAAAUCUCGGUGGUCUGGUCGGAGCAGAGCGCACGAGGGCGCAGGCAGAGCAGAGUGCACAAGGGCGCGGGCAGCAGCAGGGUGCACGAGGGCGCGGGCAGCAGCAGAGCGCACAAGGGCGCGGGCAGCAACGGGCGGGAACGGGCAGCACAGGCACGGGCAGCAACGGGCGGCAACAGGCAGCACAGGCACGGGCAGCAACGGGCAGCACAGUCACGGGCGGCAACAGGCGGCAACAGGCAGCACAGGCACGGGCAGCAACGGGCGGCAACAGGCAGCACAGGCACGGGCAGCAACGGGCGGCAACAGGCAGCGCAGGCACGGGCAGCAACGGGUGGCAACGGGCGGCACAGGCACGGGCAGCAACGGGCGGCAACAGGCAGCACAGGCACGGGCAGCAACGGGCGGCAACAGGCAGCACAGGCACGGGCAGCAACGGGCACCACAGGCACGGGCAGCAACGGGCGGCAACGGGCAGCACAGGCACGGGCAGCAACAGGCAGCAACAGGCAGCACAGGCACACGCAGCAACAGGCUGCAACGGCCAGCACAGGCAACAGGCAGCACAGGCACGGGCAGCAACGGGCGGCAACGGGCAGCACAGGCACAGGCAGCAAUAGGCAGCAACGGGCAGCACAGGCACAGGCAGCAACGGGCGGCAACGCGCAGCACAGGCACGGGCAGCAACGGGCAGCACAGGCACGGGCAGCAACGGGCGGCAACAGGCAGCACAGGCACGGGCAGCAACGGGCAGCACAGGCACGGGCAGCAACAGGCAGCACAGGCAUGGGCAGCAACGGGCGGCAACGGGCGGCACAGGCAUAG